AUGAAGUGGAAUAGACAAAGUGAUACUCUGUUAAUUAAUAUUCCUGAUAUGAAAGACAUAAAACAUGAAAAAAUCACUAAAAGAAGCAUUUUAGCUGCUUCACACAGAGUUUUUGAUCCUAUGGGGAUAACUAGCCCAAUAUCGCUACGACCAAAAUUAUGGUUACAAAAUUUGUGGAAAGCUAAAAUUGGUUGUGACGAUGAAGUUGACACAAAAACACGAGAAGAUUUUACAAAGUGGCUAAGUCAGCUUGAAUAUCUAAAGCACAUAGAAAUCCCAAGGUGGUUACAUUGUGACAAAGGUUACGAGCGCAUUUCAUUACAUUUAUUUUGUGAUGCCAGUAAAUUUGCGUAUUUCACAGUAGUUUUCCUGAGAAUAGAAGAUGAAAGCAAUGUUCAAGUUCACCUGAUACAGAGUAAAGCAAGAAUCGCACCUAGCGGGAAAAAGUAA